AUGGAAUAAAAGGAAUAGUUACCAUUCAAAACCUUCCAAUUGCUCUAAAUUCAAUGUUAGAUGAACAAUAAAUUCUUGGCUGGAAAACUCUAAAUUAAAUAAUAAAUCCUAAGAAAGCAGAUUGAAACUUUUUAAUUGAAAUAUUUAGGUGAUGCCAAUGACCCAGAUACUCACUUUAUAAUAGAAUUGUAAGAUGAUUUCCAAAAUUAAUUCCUGUAUUAUGGAGAUAUAAUAGCAAUCAAGCAUUUCAAAAGCCAAUUGUAUGUCAAUGUGAAUCAUGAUUAAAGACAUGAUCAUUCAGGAAAGGCUGAUGUUUCUUUGAUGGAAAAACCGGAAUAUUUUGUAAUACAACCUCCAGAAGAAGAUAGCAUCUUAUUACUCAAAUAUCUCAAUAAAAAAAUAGAUGAUCCUUUUCGAUUAUUGUCUUCUGAUAAUAGAAAUUACUUAUUUUCUCAUUCUUAGAAAGAACAGAAUAAAACUCUAGUGAAAGCCAAACAGAAAUUGGAUGUGGACAAUAAAAAUGAAGGAGUUUGGAAGUUCGUGUAUUUUGAGUCUGAUAACCAUAUUUUGAAGAUGUUUAAUAUAGUAAAAAGUCAACCAAUCUUUGUUGAAAGUGGGAGUAAAAUAAUCAUAAGAAAUUGGUGGACAGGGUUCACUUUGCAUUCCCAUACUAAUAUGGUUCAAUUAGGAGAAGUACAAGAAGUCACUUGUUUCAGUCAUCCAAGAGAUAAGAAUGAUUAUUGGUCUAUUGUUAAAUAACAAUCCAAGAACAAAUCGAAAUACAUUAAUCGUGAAGAUCAAAUUUUUCUAUAGCAUCUAUAGACUGCUCUCUAUCUGAAUGUUUCGGAUGAAGAAUCCUUUUCAUAACUAGGUCAUCUCGUACUUUGCUCUUUGUAGGUUUAAUUCUUCAGCCUUUAAAGUAAGUUCAGCUUAUUAAUUAUAGCAUUUGAUGAAUUCAUUUUAGAGAUGAACAAACCAUUUACUAUUAAAUUUAAUAAUUAUUUCUUGGCUCAAAGUCCAUAAGCAGCAGAGAGCAAGAUUGGAAUCCAGCAGGAGUGCAUAUUUGUUGAGAACUAAACACCAGCAUGCUUAUGGAUUAUAGAGAAAAUGAUUUGA